AUGGAGCGCAAGCACCGUGGGUUUCAAGUGCCAGAAUCCCCUAAACAAAGAGAUAUAAGGCUCCCGUGCGAGCAGCCUAUGCCGCAAGGGCCGCCUAAAAUGGCGCCCGCAGUAAGCCGCACAGAAACUGCAUUGGAGGAAUCCCUAGAGGAAGAGGAAUCACUCACCUCUCCAAGACAAGGAGACUUACACCGGGAAGCAGAAUCUGAUGAUGACUCAUCUCCUGCAACCAAGCAGAUGCUCCUGGAAAUGCGCCAAAUCUGGAAGUCGGGAGAGAUAAGACAAGAUAUGGGGGCACUGCAGAACAAACUCCAAGAGGUAGAGGAGAGAGGCACUGCCCGGGACACUCGGCUGCAAGCAACUGAAACUAACCUGGACGGCGUAACAAAGCAGGUACAGAGGCUACACCACUCUGGAGUCCAGACACAGGUGCCACAACAUACGCCUGAGGGGGAUACCUGA